AUGCAAACAUUUAAGACUGAUUAGUACGGAGCUGAAGAUAUCGAAUUAGUGAAACGUUUGAAUGCGGCAUUUGUUACGUCUGGACUUUUUUAUAUGGCUCAGCGAUCAUCUGAAGUGAAGGGACAAAUAUUUUUGUAUAGUUUCGUGCAGCCGCAUGGUGAAUACAAAGCAAAACCUGUCGAAAUAGAGAACGACUUCGAUAGGGAAAAUUUCCAUCCGCACGGUUUAUCGUCAUUUAUUGUUGAUGGACAAAUAUUAUUGUACGUUAUCAAUCACGACAAUUCGUUCAAGCAUUCAGUAGAGGUAUUCGCAUACGAUGAACAAAAGUCGACUCUCAAACAUCUCAGAUCGAUAAAAGAUGACAGCUUCAUCAGGUCAUGCAAUGAAAUAAAUAAGCCGAGAGAUGUGUUUCGUUUAAGACCGAAUAAUUUGGUUGUUGUUGGUAAAGACAAAUUCAUACUGACAAAUGAUGGUAGUGGGCAGUCUUGGUUUUGGGCGAUGCUUGAAGGAGUCUUCAGUCUUAAUAGUGGAAGUAUUAUCUUUUACGAUGGAGAGUUGCAACCAUCUCAUCAUUCUUGCAUGCUCAAUCAGUUCAAAUUUCAGACAUCUCAUACACUCAUCAAAUCGUCCCUCUCACCGAAUGGCAUCGGAAUAGAUCGAACAAAGUCUCAUAUCAUUGUUGCGUCUCCACUCGGAAAAACGAUAACAGUUUACAAAAUAUCUAAUGACUAUAAAACAGUGGAAUUAAUCAGCACAGUAGAUUUGCAUACGUCACCAGAUAAUGUUUAUGUUGCUGACAAUAACGAUGUGUGGACUGGAGCACAUCCGAUUGCCAAGCAACUGUUCGCCCAUAAUAGUGCACCAGAUGACUUGAAGUACUCAUCUCCAUCACAGGUGUUGCGCAUAGCAUUCUCACGUGAUUUCAAAACAUGGACAAUCAGUGAACCGUAUAUGAACGAUGGCACAGAACUGGUGGCAAGCACCAUUGCCGUACCCUAUUAUCAACAACUACUCAUUGGUACAAUCUACAGAACACUUCUUCACUGUGAUAUUAUUCAUUCGGCUGCUCUAUGA